GAAAGAAAAAACUGGAGUUGGCUGAUUCCCUCUCCUUCUCUCUAUAAAGUCAAUACACUCUUCCAAUCCCAGACGAAAAAGAGAGAAAUAAAAAUAUAUAUAAGUAUUUCUUCUCUCCUGCCACCUGCAGCCACCCACUUUUAUUCUUCUCUCUCCUUCCUCAUUAUUUGCUUUUUCCUCCGCACACCCACGUACAGAUCCACAUAUAUCCGUAUAUAAAUAUAUAUACUGAGCAACACGCAGAGGACUUGUUCAUUCAGUCACAGAAAAAUGGCGCAGAGAAAAUUUCUCAUAGAGGUCGAGAAAGCCAAAGAGGCCGAGGAUGGGAGGCCUUCUGUUGGUCCUGUCUAUCGCAGUGUCUUCGCUAAGGAUGGAUUUCCUCCUCCUAUUCCUGGAAUGGAUAGUUGCUGGGACGUUUUCCGCAUAAGCGUGGAGAAAUAUCCUAAUAAUCCCAUGCUCGGUCACCGAGAGAUUGUGAAUGGGAAGGCGGGUAAAUUCGUGUGGCAAACUUACAAAGAGGUGUACGACUUGGUGAUCAAAGUUGGCAAUUCAAUUCGGAGUUGUGGUGUUGAACCGGGAGGGAAAUGUGGUAUUUAUGGUGCCAAUUGCCCAGAGUGGAUAAUGAGCAUGGAGGCAUGCAAUGCUCAUGGGCUGUUUUGUGUCCCCUUAUAUGACACUUUAGGAGCUGGUGCCGUGGAAUAUAUCAUAUGCCAUGCAGAGGUCUCAAUUGCUUUUGUAGAAGAAAAAAAAAUUGCUGAGCUGUUGAAAACAUUUCCAAACUCAACACAAUACAUGAAAACAAUUGUGAGCUUCGGCAAGGUUGCACCUGAACAAAGAGAAGAGAUCGAGAAGUUUGGUUUAGCAAUAUAUUCUUGGGAGGAAUUUUUAGAACUGGGGGAAGAUAAACAAUAUGAUCUCCCAGUAAAAAAGAAAAGUGAUAUCUGUACAAUAAUGUAUACCAGUGGGACAACUGGGGAUCCAAAGGGAGUAAUGAUUUCAAAUGAUAAUAUUGUUACCAUUAUAGCUGGGGUGAGAAGGCUGCUUGAAAGUGUAAAUGAACAGUUGACUGCAAAGGAUGUAUAUCUUUCAUAUCUUCCUCUUGCCCAUAUCUUUGAUCGAGUGAUUGAAGAGCUAUUUAUUUCACAUGGUGCCUCCAUAGGAUUCUGGCGAGGAGAUGUCAAAUUAUUAAUUGAAGACAUUGGGGAGCUUAAACCGACUAUUUUCUGUGCUGUGCCUCGUGUAUUAGACAGAAUACAUUCAGGUUUGACUCAGAAGAUUGCUUCGGGGGGCUUCUUAAAACAGAAAUUGUUCAAUUUAGCAUACUCAUACAAAUUAAAUUCCAUGAAGAAGGGACAUUCACAUGACAAGGCAUCUCCACUCUGCGACAAAAUUGUCUUUGAUAAGGUAAAACAAGGUUUAGGAGGACAUGUACGGCUUAUUCUAUCUGGAGCAGCACCUCUCGCUAUUCAUGUAGAAGCUUUCUUGCGUGUGGUCUCAUGUGCUCAUGUUUUGCAAGGAUAUGGUCUUACGGAAACCUGCGCGGGCACAUUUGUCUCAUUGCCAAAUGAAAUGGCAAUGCUUGGUACGGUGGGCCCUCCUGUACCAAAUGUAGAUGUAUGCCUAGAAUCUGUUCCUGAAAUGAACUAUGAUGCCCUUUCAAGCACACCAUGUGGAGAAAUUUGUAUAAGGGGGAGUACUGUGUUUUCUGGUUACUAUAAACGAGAAGACCUCACCAAGGAGGUUCUGGUUGAUGGAUGGUUCCACACUGGAGAUAUUGGUGAAUGGCAACCAGAUGGGAGCUUGAAAAUUAUUGACCGCAAGAAAAACAUAUUUAAACUUUCACAAGGAGAAUAUGUUGCCGUUGAAAACUUGGAGAAUAUUUAUGGCCUUUCUUCUGUUGUUGAUUCGAUAUGGGUUUAUGGGAAUAGCUUUGAAUCGUUCCUUGUUGCUGUUGUUAACCCCAAUAAGCAAGCUCUUGAAAAUUGGGCACAAGAUAAUGGCAUCGGGGGGAACUUCAAAUCCCUUUGUGAAAAUCCGAAGGCAAAAGAAUACAUACUUGGAGAGCUCAGUAAGAUUGGCAAAGAAAAAAAGUUGAAAGGUUUUGAAUUUGUAAAAGCUGUUCACCUCGAUCCUGAGCCUUUUGACAUAGAACGCGACCUCCUCACUCCAACAUACAAGAAAAAGAGGCCCCAGUUGCUCAAAUACUAUCAGGAUGUUAUUGACAAGAUGUACAAAAGCGCCAGCAAACCAAAUGCCUGAAAGAUCUCAAUCGCAUUGAUGUCCAACAAUGCCUGACUAAUGGUUGCAUUUUGUUUUUAUUCCUUUUUUUUUUUUUUUUUUUUUUUCUAGUCGCUUGCAAUUUGUAGACCAUAGGAUUGUGUCUUUGAAGAGCUAUAGUUAAUGACAAAUGUUUCGUGUAAAUGGAGUUGAUAAAAAUUUCAUAGAUAUUUUUAAAAUACUUGUUUGGUAAUUAUUAUAUUUUGAAUUUGAUAUUGCCUUCUAUUUUUUUC